GAAGCUACGAGCAAAGAUGAAGUCGAAAUUGAGAAAUUUUUGCAGGAGCAGAAAUCAAAAAACACUCAAUACAAGACUAAGAGCGAAUUAAACGCAUGGAAAAAAUUUUGUAAGUCACUGAAAGAGUCUAGAGCAAUUAAAAACAUACCUGCUAAUGAGCUCGACCUUCUUUUGUUCAAAUUUUUCAUCUCCGUUCGUAAACAAAAUGGCACUGAGUACGAGCCUGGUACUUUAAGCGGCUUCCAGCGAAGUUUCCAACGCUACUUGCAUGAAAAGGAAGUCUGAUUAACAUUCUUAAGGAUAACGAGUUCUCCAAGUCCAGAGAGGUACUUGCUGCCAAACGAAAGAACCUGGAAACUGUCCAAAUGCCACAAGAGAGCUCACUGAAGCCGAAGAAGAUGCACUAUUUGAAAAUGGCCAGUUGGGUGUUCAGGAUCCGAAAUCAUUACAAAGGGCUUUGUGGUGGUUUCUUUCUCUCCAUUGUGGCUGGAGGGCUCGAGAUGAAAGCCGUAAGCUGUGCUGGGGAGAUGUAGGAUUGGCCAGUGAUCCUGAAACUGAUUCCGAAUACCUUGUGUGGAAGUCAGAAAGAGGCAGCAAAACACGUACCGGACAAGAUGGUGGUCAUCAAAGAGCCUUUGAACCGAAAGCGCACGCAAGGAACAACAAGUCAAGAUGCCCAGUUGAAUUUUACAAAGCAUUUCGAAGUCACCGUCCCGAAGCAAUGCUAGAACCAGACGCUCCUUUUUAUCUCGCCAUAAAUCACCGACGAAAACCAAACGAGUAGUGGACUAUGUUGAAAAUUAACCUCGUUGGUGCGUUCCCUUUGCGUUCCGUGUGCGUUCCCUUAAUUAAUAUGUAUAAGGGUCGAGUCUAUGACGUCACCCAUUGUUUUAUCCUAGAGAAAAAGAUGCGUUCCUCCGUAUUAAUUUAAGUGCCUAGUCAGUGUCUUCCUGCAUACUAAUUCGGUAUAGGUUUACUAAUGAGCGUCACUCUACUACAAUAGAAAACAGGCGCCCGUUAAGUAACUUGAGCCCGGUUUUCGGACCGUCUAUUAAAAGGAAAAUAAGAGCGAUCACCUAGCAACGCGAGAAACGGUUUCCUAUAUCUUAUUUAGCGCUAAAACUCGGAUAUAUAUAAACAAAACAUACACAAAUUGGAGCUGAAAACGCUUUAUUUCAAGUUUGUCUGACUAUUACAGAACUGUUUUCUCCUUUCUAUUUAGAGGAAAUGAAAAACUAUUGAAGUCUUGUCAUUUUCACGCGCUGUUAAUCAGUUAAUUAUGCGAGUUCACAAGCCCAAAGUUGAAUACAAAUUAGCUCUACAGGAAAAACCUCAAGGGAGCAACCUUGACGUAUUAUUAUAAAACAAAUAACUUAACAAGGAUCAAUUAAAACACGCGACUCAUAAUUGCUAGCAAUAAAAACACAAGAGAGAUACCGUUUUAAAAAACUUUAUUAAAAAACAAUGGCAAAAAGAGUCAAAUACACAGGAAUGGAAAUUAAGAUGAAGAUGUAUUAGCCCCUGUCGUUUCAAGCUUAGGAUUUACUUAGAGGUGACACAUCGCUAGGUUGCUCAUUCGAAGCUAAGUCUGUCACGGGUACUCAUCAAAAUGAAGAGAAAGAUAGAUUUGGUUGAAGAAGAAGAUCACGAGAGUGAACAUGAAGAAAGCGAAAGUUCUGGUGAUGAAAGCGAGGAUGAAGAACCAAGAAUAAAAGAUGUUUUGAGUCAUCUUUCCCGAGCAGUGCCGGAACAGCGUGCUUCUGAUUUGCUGCAUAGUAUGGCCGCGUCCAAAGAUAUUCUUUUCUGGAACCCCCAGCGGACAAUUACUUCGAGAUAAACGCACUAUUCCCGUCACAAACAUCGCUGAGCUAGUUGAGUAUGUGUUACUCCCUCAUAACAAUGAAGUUACCAAGCCUCGUGCGCUGAAUACGUUUCUUGAUGGACUUGCAGAGUUAGGAAUCGAUAAAGGUUUAAUCAAGAACAAAAAGUUGUUAAGUGAUUUAAUAGAAAAGGAAAAAGGCUACCAAAAUGUAGAAAAUACUUCCGAUAACGAAAGUAAUAGGUGGUUUUCACGUUACGUCAUCGCCGCCAUACUGGUGGACGGUAAACAAAAGAUCGCUCAUUAGCUCCCUUUGUUUGUCUACCAGCAUUUGUUCAUUUCACCAUUGUUAUUUGUGUCUCCCGAGAUUGCAUGAAAACCACCUAUAAUGAGGAGAGUUCAUCGGAUAUUGAAAAUCAGGAGGAGGAAGUGGCUUCUAAGAGGGUCCCAAUGGGGUGGUGGCUUUUACGGUUAUCGGCUAAAAUUUUGGCUCUUUUACGGCUAUCGGUUAAUUUUUUUCAGUUACGGUUAACGAAAAAGUUAAAAAUUAACUUCUUUUGUUUCAAAAAGUUAAAUAUUAAUUAACCCGUAUUUUUUUGUAUCUUUAAAUCAAAAUAAAGGUCUUCGGAUCAUCUCGGGAUGAAAUAAGCUAUUCUUUUGAAAAAGUUUAAUAUUUUAUAUAUCAAAAGGUUGAAUACUUUUUAUAAAGUAUUCCACUUCUAAUACAUUAUUUUACACAUAGAAAUGUCAAUAGUCAAUUUAAAAAUAAUCUUCGUGAAAAAGCAAAAGCAGACACGCAAACGCCCAACUCAAGGCCCGGGGCGCGACAUUCAUUAUAACAGAAAUGGCCGUUUUCACACUAGAGAAGGAUUAUUCGUGUGAGACGGGUUAUCCGUUUGUUGAUUCGCGUCAGAUAGGUAAUACGUCUUAAUCUGAAAAUGGAAUAGUUUUAAUUUUGAAUGAACAAUCCGCCUGACUUUUGAAGACGGGACUAUCCGCUCCAGAUAGCCUGUGUACAGCCGCCCCCUCCCCCGCAGAAAAAUCGGAGAAGGGGUGUCUGUGGGGAGGGCGCGACUGUACACAGGCUAGUCUCAGACGGAUGAUCAAUUUCUAGCUCUAGUGUGUGCCUAGGUCUUGGUUAACACCUAAAAGGCGCUUUGCCUAACGUGCGUACGGAGUCACACUAGCCGGGAAGUAAAAAACGUAAUCAUAAGUAAGUUUAGCACCUUCCCUAAAAGUAGCAAAUCUAGGUAACAAUUUCUUUUACGGUUAACUCUUUUUUACCCUAUUUACGGCUAACGGUUAAAAUUUUUCAAUUUUUACGGCUAUCGACUAAAUUUUUGGCCGUUUUACGCCUAUCGGUUAACCCCAUUGAGACCCUCUUCUGAGAAUGGCGCUGAAGCUGAAGGCAUCCAAGAGAGCGACAACGACACUGAAAACGACAGUCAGGAGAUAGAAAGUAGUAACCCUGAAACGUCCACCACCUUUCACUCCAAAAGUCCCUGUGAACACUGCGAAAACUCUAAUGUGUACGGGACAUUGAUCAUGAAAUGUCCUAAAUGCCUUUGGCACGAUUACUACAAGAUUUGUCCUAUAUGCGAUCACCAGAUUCCCGAGGGGAGACAUUACAUGAAAGAGGGCUUUCUUCGGUGUCACGAUUGCGGAGCAGUUACACACAAAAACGCGAAGACGUUGGAAACCAAUUUCUAUUCCCCUUCUACAGAGGAGAACGAAGAUGAAGAUUAAUUAAUUUCCAUUCCUGUGUAUUUGACUCUUUUUGUCAUUGUUUUUUAAUAAAGUUUUUUAAAACGGUAUCUCUCUUGUGUUUUUAUUGCUAGCAAUUAUGAGUCGCGUGUUUUAAUUGAUCCUUGUUAAGUUAUUUGUUUUAUAAUAAUACGUCAAGGUUGCUCCCUUGAGGUUUUUCCUGUAGAGCUAAUUUGUAUUCAACUUUGGGCUUGUGAACUCGCAUAAUUAACUGAUUAACAGCGCGUGAAAAUGACAAGACUUCAAUAGUUUUUCAUUUCCUCUAAAUAGAAAGGAGAAAACAGUUCUGUAAUAGUCAGACAAACUUGAAAUAAAGCGUUUUCAGCUCCAAUUUGUGUAUGUUUUGUUUAUAUAUAUCCGAGUUUUAGCGCUAAAUAAGAUAUAGGAAACCGUUUCUCGCGUUGCUAGGUGAUCGCUCUUAUUUUCCUUUUAAUAGACGGUCCGAAAACCGGGCUCAAGUUACUUAACGGGCGCCUAUUUUCUAUUGUAGUAGAGUGACGCUCAUUAGUAAACCUAUACCGAAUUAGUAUGCAGGAAGACACUGACUAGGCACUUAAAUUAAUACGGAGGAACGCAUUUUUUUCUCUAGGAUAAAACAACGGUGACGUCAUAGACUCGACCCUUAUACAUAUUAAUUAAGGGAACGCACACGGAACGCAAAGGGAACGCACCAACGAGGUUAAUUUUCAACAUAGUCCACUACUCAAACGACAAAGUGUGGUAUCUCGACAGACCCCUCGGAAAGAAAGAAAUUGGCAAGUUCCUCAAAGACGCGUUUGCUGCAGCCAAACUCGAUGACACAAACAAGAAGGUUUCUAAUCACUCCGUUAGAAAGACCAGUGUUGGACGACUUCUCGAAGCAGACGUUCAGCCAAACUUCGUUGCACAGCUAAGCGGUCACAAAAAUUUGAAAAGCCUCAACAGCCACCAUUCAGCAUCUCUGAAGCGACAGCUAGAAAUGUCUGCUAUCCUGAAUCGUGGGCCAGGUACAUCCGCUCAGUCCGAAGAAAACCAAGUGAGUACCUCCACUACAACAGAGCAAAAUGUCUUCACAGUCCAACAAAUCCAGCCUCAGGCAAUUUUUGCCGGAUCGCAUAUUGACAAGUUCGAAGGUUGCACAUUUAACAUCAACGUUUUCAGUGGUGAUCGGUCGAAGAUCGCAAGGCUGAAUGACAACUGA